GGAGCGGUGCUGCAGGGUGGGACCCGGUAGCCUAGGGGGUACGGGCAAGCUAAGGCUCCCAGGCUUGCAGAAAAAGAGCCGCUGCCAUCCGGGAGGAGGGAGGCUGCGGCAGCCGCUCGCCCGGAGCCGCGCGGCUUUGUGCUCUCGCAGGCAGCCACCUUCGGGGAGGGAGGCGGGGAGGAGCUCAGCCCGGGCGGGCGGCGGCCCCUCCACUGCGCCAACCUGCAGGCGGCUGGAGGCUGCGGCCCCGCCCGGCCUCCGCCUGCACGGGGUCGCCCUCCUCGCGCCGCCGUCCCGCGCGGAGCUGCACGCAGCCGCUCCCCGCGGCAAAGGCGCAGGCAGCAGCGGCAGGGAGCGCCUUCAUUCCCCUCAGUCCUCUCAGUCUGCUGCCCUGUCGUACCUGCAGCCUCUCCUCCUCCCUCCACCCCUCCUUCCUUCCUUGCUAUUCUCCUCUUCUCCCCUUCUCUUCACAUUUUGUGUUGUUCUUUUUUUAUUAUUGUUCUUGCAUUCCUCUUCUUUUUUUCCCCAUCUUUUUUUUUUUCUUUUUCUUUCUUUUUUUUUUUUUUUUUUUCUUUUUUGGACCCUUUUCCUCUAGUGCCUCUUAAUUUCCAGUUUCUUCUAAUUUUUUUUCUUUGGACUGUGCCUUGUCAUGUCAAGAUGGAAGUCAGGCAUGACUGGCUUUCCUCAUCCCCCCAUGAGGGCUUCGAGCAGAUGAGGCUGAAGAGCAGACCCAGGGAGCCAUCGCCGAGCCUCACAAGAGUAGGUGCGAACUUCUACAGCACGGUCAAGCAGCAGGACUACAGUGCCAGCGUCUGGCUGAGGAGGAAAGACAAACUGGAGCAUUCCCAGCAAAGAUGCAUUGUGAUCUUUGCACUGGUAUGCUGCUUUGCAAUUCUCGUUGCACUGAUAUUUUCGGCAGUGGAUAUUAUGGGAGAAGAUGAAGAUGGACUCUCGGAGAAGAACUGUCAAAAUAACUGUCGGGUUGCUCUUGUGGAAAAUAUUCCUGAAGGGAUCAACUAUUCAGACAGUGCACCAUCCCACUUGUCUCUUUUCCAAGGCUGGAUGAAUUUGCUUAAUAUGGCUGAAAAGUCUGUUGACAUAGUAUCUUCCCAGUGGGACCUCAAUCACAGUCAUCCAUCAGCAUGCCAGGGUCAACGUCUUUUUGAAAAAUUGCUUGAACUGGCAUCCCGAAAUAUUGAGAUAAAACUAGUGAGUGACAUACUGCCUGUGGAAUCAAAAGUGUUAAACGACUUGAAAUCAAAGGGUGCUGAAGUGCUAUAUAUGAACAUGUCAGCAUAUAAUGAAGGACGCCUUCAGUCAUCUUUCUGGAUUGUUGAUAAACAGCAUGUGUACAUUGGAAGUGCAAGCCUGGACUGGAGAUCGCUGGGACAGAUGAAAGAACUUGGUGUCAUCGUGUACAACUGCAGCUGCCUCGUCCUGGAUUUACAAAGGAUAUUUGCCCUGUACAGUUCAUUAAAAUACAAGAAUAAAAUACCUCCAAGUUGGUCUAAGAGACUCUACGGAGUGUACGAUACUCAAAACAAACUGACGCUGCAGCUGAAUGAGACCAAAUCAGAAGCUUUUGUGUCGAAUUCACCAAAACUCUUCUGUCCAAAGGACAGAGUCCUGGAUAUUGAAGCUAUAUACAACGUUAUCGAUGAUGCCAAACAGUUUGUAUACAUAGCUGUCAUGGACUACCUGCCCAUCGUCAUUGACACAAAUGCUAAACGAUACUGGCCAUUUCUAGAUGGGAAGAUAAGAGAAGCAUUAGUUUUACGAAGUAUUAAAGUACGACUCCUCAUAAGUUUCUCAAGAGACACAGAUCCCCUUACAUUUAACUUUGUUUCGUCUCUCAAAGCUAUCUGCACUGAAGUUCCAAGCUGUAGUUUGAAAGUUAAAUUCUUUGACCUCGAGGAAGAGAGUGCAUGCUUUCUCAAAGAUCAGAAGAACGCUUCCCUUCCAAAACUAAACCGUAACAAAUACAUGGUGACUGAUGGAGCUGCAUACAUUGGUAAUUUUGAUUGGGUAGGAAAUGCUUUUACGCAGAACGCUGGAGCAGGCCUCGUUAUCAACCAAGCAGACGCGGGGAACAGCACAAGCAUCAUAAAGCAACUCAAGGCUGUUUUCGAAAGAGACUGGUAUUCACAUUAUGCCAAAAGUUUACAACCAACAAAAAUGCCAAACUGCUUUAAUCACAAACUCAGUAAAGCAACAUCAAAUAAGACUGCCAUGAGCAAUGUGAACUAGAAAGACUAUUUUACUGUUUAGUAUGGCAAUGAAGAAUUACGUUGGGGUGUAGCCCUCUUUCAUAUUUACAGACAAAAGACUUCAGCAAAAAAAAAGUUUGGUUGGGGGGGGAUUGUUUUUAGGAAAAAGCACACUUAUAUAAAAACUGUCUAAAAUAUAUUCUCUAUUGAUUUGGGACUUUCAAAGUUUGUUACUUCUGACACUGAAUGUCAUUUCUGCUUCCAUGUUAAUUUUUAUGUUCCUUGUUUGAACUUUAAUGAAACAGAAGAAUUGACUCAUGCUGUUUUAAGAAUUUCCCUAAUUGCCAUCCAGGCUAGAACAAACCCUUGGCAGAACUGAGAUCCUGGCUAUGAAAUGGCAUUCUAAGAUCAGUUACUGUUGAUGUAAAAGUAGUGGUAGGUUUACUGUAUUAGGAAAGAUAGCAGAAUAAGGAUAUAUUCACCUAUCUCAAUAAUUCCCUCCAAAUAUCCAGUCAUGCAAGUUUUUCCUAGUUCUCAGCAUUUAGCGCAAGCAUCACUCCUAUGUGUUUUCUAAAUAGCCUUAAAUUAUAUUUGAGUUCUGUGACUGGUAAUUUAUUCAUCUCUAAAUGGAUGAAGGUUUUGAGGGAUUGAGGUUGACCCAAUCAAAUUCAUCAGAAUCCCUGGAACCUCUCAAUUAAAUCAAUUUUCAUUAAUAUAACAUGGAUUCCUUUCAACGUAACUGCUAUUUAUAAUUACAAUAGUAUCUAACAAUGUAAAUCACUUUAGUAAAACCAAAGAUCAAGGAUUGAUUUUUCUUGCAAUCUCAAGAAAAAAAUUCUACUGAAGUUAAAUAUUCAUCCAGUGCAGGCCAGCAGUUCCUUGCUGACUCAUUUGUAGACAACUGCAUGUAUAGAACUUUUAUUUAUUCAUUUAUUUAUUUUAGGCUAGUGAAGGGUUCUGCAAAAACUGCAAAAAUUGUUUAAUUUCAUACAUUUUUUCCCUUCAGAUCAAUUAAAGUGAAAUGGCAUUUUUUUUAAUGUCAUCUAUACAGAUGAAUAUAUCAGUCCAACAGAAAUGUGAUGCUUUCAUUUAGGCCCCAGUUUCAGCUGGCAUUAAUGGUGUCCCUCUACAACCAUGACUCAGCUGCACUAAGAUGCAACUGUUCUGUAAAAGCGUGAAUUUGUUCUUUAAUACCUUUUUUUAAUGUGUGACAACAGAAUUUUCUCCAGCCCCCUAUUAGCUUAGUUUCUUAAUGAAAAUCACCAUCUUCUGCUGAAGGAAUCCAGCUGCAAAUGCAAACUGCAUUCUUCAUUUUGCUGAAAAUGUACUGUAUUCAAAUUGCAGACUGUUCUUACAAUGCUGAAAGUUACAGAAGGGACAGUUUGAAAGCAGUGGGUUAACAGAAAAGAGAUGUCUCAAAGGAUUAUUUUCACCUUAAGCUAAUUAAAAAGACACCCUGACUCAGAAUGCAGGUUUCAUUUACAAGCUUAAAAAAAAAGUUUUAUUUUAAAGUAAGCACAGGUUUUGAAACUGCACCUUUUUAGACUUUCCUAACGUCAUUUUUCUGCCUGUUGCCCGCUGGAGAGAGAGGAACACAUCAUGAAACCAGUUGUAACUGACAAAAGCAUGCUUCUCACACACAGUUUCUAUUGCCAUUUCCCAGUUGUACAUCAUCCUACUGAAAAGAAUUCUAUUGGUUGUCAACUUUUACAGAAAAAACAGUGUAGAGCUCUAAUGCUCAAGAACGUUUUGUAACAUUCAGAUAAACCAUACAAUUCAUUAGCCUUCACAUAUACAGAGAAGAGCAUAUACUCUGACAUGCAUUUAGGAAACAAACAAAAAAAAAAAGUAAUCUGAAGAGAGAAAAUUUGCCUGAGUUGCUUUGAAGGAAAAGUCUCUGCGAAGAAAAACUUUUGUAUUUUCCUUCUUCUGUAUAUGUAUAUAUGUACAGCAGGUACAGUAGAGAGCCCCAGCACUCAACGAACGGCGUUUUUUUUCUAUCAUUAUUAAAUAAAGAUUAGUCCAAAUUCAUCUCCAGUGAAACUCUUAGCACUCAGCUGAGUUACAUCACCAAAUUUUGUCUUCUGAGUCAAGGGGGAAAAGAAAUUGAAAAACAACAUUUUUAAAAACAGGUUGCAAUGUUCGUAAACUUUCUGAGAGGUUGAGAGUAAGUCCCCAUGCAUGGGGGAGCUUAAAGCUCAAGAUAAAUUCAAUACCGAGUCUUUGAAAAAAGGGAAAAGAAAACCUACACAGAACCCCUUCUCCCCACUGUCCAGAGCUGGUAGCUGUAGCACCUGAUGGCAAUAAUAUUCAAGAAGAAUCGAUGUAGUAUUUUCUCCCUCACAUUAUGGAUACUAACAAUGUCUGAAGUUUUUGAAAUGGCGUUUUGUACAGGUAAUGAAGAACCUCAGUGAAAGAGACAUUUGUCAAAUCUGUCUCUUCCAAUUUAGUAUUUAGUGAUGAGACAAUGGAGUUAUCACUGACCUUCUAUUUAGUAUACCAAAUGAAUGACUCAAAUGUAGUAGUUUCAUCGGACAGAUCCUAGGGAAAUACAGUCCUGAGCAUUAACUGGUUCCAUCUGUUUACAAAGUACAUUCUUACUGACUUGAUGAACAAAUUCUGAUGCUUCAAUGAGCCCCCCACCCCCCUCAACGUAGCAGAAUAUUAUGUUUUUAUGAUGGAAGGGGUCUGGUUUUCUCUGAGCAACUCUGAUGUGAAAUAGUGUCAGCCAUCCUACAGCCGGACUGGCAGGCUCAAGUUUCAUUUGGUAUAAAGCACAGGUCAGUGUUUUAAUAGCUGUUCAGAAUGGCAGUGGCUCCAAAGCAGCACAGAAGGCUUUGGUCUGUUACAUUAGCCAAAAGACAAAGUGCAUCCUUGGACUUCAGCAAGUAGGAAAUUAAGGAGAAAACAAACAAAUAAACAACAACAAAAAAAACCCAAUCAUACAAACAUCAUUAUUUUUAAAGCUGUUGCAGCCAAUUUAUUGUUUCUGGCUAGCAUUACUCCUGCUUAACUAGAUUUGCCACAGCAGCCUGAACUGUGGCUUCAGCUCCUUCUGCCAAUGUAAAUAAAUCUGUAACAAAUCUAUUUCACAUUGAGUUAGCAGAGAUCUGUCUAGACCAGUUACCUCUUGCUUCAGCUCUUCUGAAUAUCACCACUGCACAAUUUCCAAAGCUAACAGGAAUUUGCAUUCAGUAGUGUCUCACGGACCUCGGAGACAUAAUCCAAAAGAUGCACUUUCUCUAAUCCCCUUCUAGCUGGCAUUGGUAACUCUGUCAUAUUACAAGCAAUUUCCUAAACAGAACAGCUUUAUUCUUAAAGAAUACAGACUGUAAUUGUUUGCUGCAUUUACUAGUGCCUUACUCAUAGUUUUUGUUUAACUGUUCCUCAAGAGAAGUCCUGCUAAGAUCUUGUACCCGGUUCUGAGGUAUACAGCAAGCCUCCUAAGUAAGACGACUACACAUUGUGAUGUUUAAAGGUUAGUACCUGACACUAAAGUCACAAAAAGACAAAAAUUGCAUAUGCAAUGUUGUUGGUCCAAAUGCCGAGCACGUAAUUCUGAGAAUUUUUAUCCCAGCCCAGUUUUAAAACUGAACUCCACAAACUACUCCUGCAUUUGUUACCAACUAACACACAAAGUGAUCAAAGCAGUCUGUGCUGCUGAAGUAUAAAAACCAGUAAGUGAAAUUGAAGUUCUCCCAACACGUGGCUGACAGCAAAACAUCACCAGAGGAAUUUGUUUAAAGCACAGGGUGAAGUCCAAUACAGCGGUUACUUUACAAGUCUCACAUGUUACAGCUCAAGUAGUUUUGGGCAGGACACUGCUUUUUUUUCUGCCUGUAGCACGUGAUCUGAUUUAUCAUGCUACAAACCAGGGAGCAAAUAGUUACUGAGGGCUUGGUUGUUGGUGGCCUGUUUGGGUACAGGGAAGAAGGAUGUUCUUCUGUUUUUAAUACCAGAGGAAAAAAAAUGCAAUAGAGUGGGCAUUUAACUAUUGCCCUGAACAAGUAUCUACAGCUACUCUCCCUUUCUCUCCAAAGACCAGUAAAGCAUGUGUUACAUGCCACCACACAAUGGCCACAGUGUACCCUGACUAGAAAAGAUUUAAGUAAGUUUCUGUCUCAUUUACUUUUUUUUUUUUUUUUGUAAGAAAUGCAUCUUUGAACUGAAUUGGCUGGCCUUGCUGUGCAGUGUUUUACACAAUUCAGAGCACAGUAUUCCUUCUAAUAAAUCCAAACCGUGAACACAGCUCAGGGGAAAGCCUGAGGAAUGACUAAAAAUGCUCAGAAUUCUACUCAUAAGAGCCACCCAUUGUUUGCAUUCUACUAACCAUCUAAAUUCUUUCUACUACUUCACUGAGUAUUUCAUACUUAAAAACUGAACUAAGAUCCAUGCUAGUAUUACCUACCAUUUCAUCCUAACCCAAGGAGAAACCCAGACAGAGAAUUUCUAUGUUUUGGUAAUUUUUUGUGACUUUAGUGUGUACUUACUGAAAAUAGCACUGACUUCUUCAAUAAGAUGGUAAGACAUCAGCUGGCUAUUCCAGAUUUUCAAAUUGAAGUCCUUUACAAAUAUCUUCCUCUUGAACAUCAUGUACUUGACUCCUGAGAAUGGCCUUCGUAUAGAGAGUUGUAAGUUACCAUUUUGGACUUCAAAAUUAACCACUCAUUUUAAUACAAAAAUAUUGACUACACCCAUUGUAUGUUUAGAGACAGUAAUUUUUCGCAUUGUUUUACUUCCAAUCCUAUCCUUUCUAUACAUAUAUACUCACGUUUUUUCACUUGUCCAAUUUAAUCUACUGUAAAAAAAGAAUGAAUCCUUGGUAUAUUUUAAGUUCACAGUGCUAUCUCCUGAGUUGAAAACACCAUUGAACAUAUUCCACUUACAACACCACACACUACAGUAGCUCAGCUGUUAAUUUAGAUGGAAUGCUUUUCUCACCUGUAAUAUUUCCACUAUAAAUACUGCUGAUUACUUAGGAAUUUCUCAGUGUUGAAUCAGGUAGCUUUUGCAUCAUUACUUCACACAAAUGCCUUAGAAGCUUGCCAAACUAGCAUGUAGAAGAGAGAGACCUCAUACAAAACAGUUUAGACAAUGAAAGGAACUCACAUGCUUUACAGUAUGUGGAUGCUGAAGUCAGGAGGUGAACUUGUCUUAUAAUAGUCAGGGAGCUGCAUGUCUGAACAUGUUAAGCUUCUCUUUAAGAAGAAAAAUAAGGUUGAUAGAUGAUUGAAGUUACAGAAUAAAAGAGAAUAUAGCAAAACAGUUCACGAUUGUAGCGUUCCAGACGAUUAUUUUGUUCUCCUAUUGAAAAGUUUUACGUUACAUGGCCACAAAUGCAUCAUGAAUACAUACUGGGCAUUAUAACUUGCAAAGUAAUUAAUAACUUAAAAAGUCCCAUCCUCAACAGCUUUACAUGAAAUCUGGGUAGAAAGGAAGGAAGGAAAAAUAGCCACAGAGUCAAAACAACUUGAAUCAGACUGGGUUAACAGACUGGCUGCUGACCUAAAGGCUCUGGGCUAAGUACUUGUUUUGUUUCUUUCCCUGCAAAAUCCUGCUUUUCUUAGGCAUCUGCCAUUCUCUUCUUCAGGAGAGAAUUCCCAUGAUUAUUUCCAGAAUGAGGAGGGAAACUUCAACAAUUACAAAACUUAUUUGAAUAACAGCAAAGAAAUCAGCAUAAGAGACUACUGAAUUCUAUGUAGCAGGUACUGAGAAGUAAAGCAAUAUUAGAAAUUGAGCUUUUUCUUGUACAUUAUACUUCUUUUGUGCUAUAUAAACAAAGGAUUUCAACACAGCAAAUACCUCCAGAUAUAGUAUCAUAUGCCAUAUUUCGGUAUGUUCUCUCACUGUACAAAUGCAGUCAAGUUGGACAGAUACCAUUCUGAACUAACAAACUUGUGAAAACUAAGCACAAGCAUCAGGCCAUCAAAUCUGAUACAGGAAUCACACUCAAGCAUAUAUAUAUAUGAUUUUUUUAAAAAAAACAAAAAUGCUACCUAGAUAAUGUUUACAGCCGACUCAGAAGCUGGAAUUAUGUUUUCAAAUGUAACCUUGGAGAGAUUCCUGGGAUCUUCAUGGGAAAAUAACUUCAUUUUAAAGAUUAAAGGCACAGCACAUUACAUGUAGCAUUGUCUGAACAAGACAGUAUGUAACACAUAUAAUGAGAAACUCUUGAAAUGGAAGUGUGUGGAGCCACAUUUUAAUGACUGACUUGCUAACGGAAUUUUUCUAGUAGAUUUCUUCAGUAUUCUAUCACUCCACUUUAUUCCUCAUUUCUAAUUCCUCAAGUGAUAGUAUACCUCUAUUUUUGUUCUUCUUGAAGCUUGAGAACCCUAAAAGAAAAGCAGGAUGCUUCUGGAAGCAACAACUGCUUCUUUCUGAAGGUGGAGGAGCCAAUCUUGCACUCUCACUAUUUCCUUCUCCUUCAACAGCACAUUCCAGGUUUUCCACUUGUGACUGCCCAAGGAGCAAAGAAAAAAACACUUCUACUUACCUGCUUUGUAUGAAAACCAUGGGCUGCUCAGCAAGCUUUUGCCCUUUCAGAGAGUCCUUACCUAAUAUAAUACUAGGGAAAGCAUAAUAAAGGAGCUCAAAAAUGCAAGGAAGGUGUGUCCACCUGGAGAAAUAUACAUACAGAAGGGUGGGAGGAGGAAUAAAGAAUGGAUUGAAAAAAAAAAAACUGGCAAGUUUUAAAUGAUGUGGAGGUUCUGGUGACAGCCUUCUUAUGGCCUCAUUUUGUUCUAAAUUAUUAUUAUUAUUUUUUACCAUACAGCCAGAUUUUGAUGACUGAAAUUUGCUGUUAACUUAAGUACAAUAAGGAGAGAGGACGCUGGUCUUUAGGAAUUCAAUUCAUUUCUUUACUUUGAGAAGCAGGUGAAAGAGGCAGGUAAAAUUGGAAAAAUAUACUUUUUCUUCUUUCCAAGGAAUAGUUUGGUGGUUUGUAUAAGGAAAGCUAAUAAGGAUUCUAGAAAAUGCUAAGGUCCUACCCAUCCAAAUUCUACUUGUACUCAAAAGGUGGUACAUACCUGUGGGAACUUGGGGCUCACAACAAAGUACAAUCUGUUCCACUUCCAGGAGAGCACCAUACUAAAAGCAGCUGCAGCACCUGCUUCAAGCCAUCUGCAGAUGCUUUAAAUAAAUUCCCAGGCAAGAUUGAAGGAAUUUUCCCUGUGGAAAGAACAAAGAAUGGCAGAUUCAGUGAGAAACCCAAAGAACCUAAUGCAAAUGUUAAAAUGCCUAAGAAGUCGGGAUCAAAAUGGAGCACAUUCACAUUUUUGCCAACAUUUAAAAAAUAAACGAGAACUGGGAGAAGAGUGGGAGGCCAGCACAGUACCCCAGAUUAAUAAAGUUGACAUUUCUAAAUAAAGCAUUUACAUUUGUGGACAGUCCCCACAUGUAAACUGCUGCUUGGAAUAUGAGAGAGUGCAGAGUCUGUGUAUCAGUAGCUUUGAUGCGCUGCCCAAAGUUUUGGCAUUAAAGGUCUUAUGGUUCACCUGUGGAAGUUUAUAGCAAAAAAGACAUAAAAGAAGGUUUCUGUGUAUAUUUAUACAAACCGUACUGCCAAAUAGUCACUUAAAAAAAAAAAAAUAACUUCUGACAGUCCUCAGACGUCAACAAAGAAAUCUCAAGUCUGGAGAAGCAGAAAAAAAAUAUUUACAGCAGCACACCAACUAGAAUACACUGUAAACCCAUUUUUCCAAUUGCCAGGUAGCUAAUACAAUUAGGAGUUCAGGAUGCCCCCAUAUCCAUCUCAGAUUCCAAACGUCCUCAUACCACAUUCCUGAUGUGGAGUUGAGGCUCCACGCACACAAAUGCUCAGAGCCACAUCCUCAUAGGAGAAAUGGGUACGUCAGAAGAGCUAGAAACAUCUCCAGUACUGUGACUGUUUCACUGUUGUCCUACUGCGAGGCUGACAGGAAACAGCACAUCCCUGACUGGGAAGGGCUGCGUGUCCUCUACUAGGAAAUAGGAAUAGAAUAUGCACACGGAGACUAUAGAUAACAAACUACAGAAGUAAACUGGCCACAGCAUAGAAAUACAUUAACGUAACAGAUUCCAAUAGCACAAACCAAAGCUGUCUACUCAUCUUUUCACUCCCACAUACAUGUGUGCCAAAGCUUACUUUUUUAAAAAACAAAGGGCAACGCUUCUCUUUCAGCUAAACACUACAGGGAGGAUUAUACUUUCGUUCCCCCCGCCCCCAGUUCUUCCUGUUCUCUUUCCACACCUUUUUUUCCCAUCAGACAGUGUUUCUGCUACCUCCCCCCCACCUCUUACCUGGCUUUUUUUUUUUUUUUUCCAUGUUUGAGCUAUUAUUUCUUACAUGCUGGUUUGUGUAGGACUCCUUUGCUAUUUUGCACAAAGCGAUGAAUCCCUGCAGCUUCCAUCUGGGGUGCUGUGACAUCCUCCAUCAUUACCUCUGCCAGCUUUACCUGAAGUGCCAAGAGGAAGGAGGUAGAUGUGCACGUUGUUUAAAGAGAACAACAUUUUUAUUUUAGUUUCACUACGUACAAGGAUAAGGAAAGCAGAAUAAAAUACCUGAAAGGGGGAAGGGUUUUAAGUCAUAAUCUUCACUCCAGUUUAACCUUGGCGUGGCCAAGGCCUGUUGUCAGCAUCAAAUCUCACACAACUUCAACACAAAGCUUCGCCUCCAAAUGUGUUGCUCACUGCUGUCCUGAGUCCCACACCAGGGGAAGGUGCCAAGCUGUGCAGAACUAGCAAGGCAAAGCCACGCACAGCAGCAAGCUCCACAGCUCCCUGCCAGGUUCCCUGCAGCCACAGAGAGGUCUAACCUAGGUACUGUCAUCUUGCAACAGAUGAACAGUUCAAGUUCACCAUUGCAUAUGCAAACACUGCCUUCAAGAAAGUAGAUGAAAAAAAGAAAAUUUCCCUGUGGGUGUGAUUUUGGCACUGCAUUGUAUUAUACUUGCCUACACAAGCUGAGAGUAACAGGAGUAUUUCAUCAAGUUUGCAGGGCAGAGAGGACAUGUACUAUAUGAGUUUACUACUAUGCCUCCUCUAUCAAAUAGAAAAAUCUGUCUAAACUUACUUUGAAAACUGCAUGGCCAGCUUAUGCAGUAGUUAGAUACGUGGCAAGGUUGCAGUAUUACUCUCUAAGGAGAACACAGUAAAUGUGCUUAUAUAUUUUGUUAAUUCGAGCAUUGUGUAGUCUCCAAGCUCUUCUAUGAGAAGUAUGAGUAACUUCUCGUCGUCCUUCCUAUUUCAGAACACAGUAUUUAUCACAGAUGUGUACAAUACAGUGGCAUAGCUUAGGCCUGUUAUAUAGGUCAGUACCUGCAAUGCACAUGAGAACAUAGUCUGCCUCCGCAAAGGAGAGUAGCUGCAAAAUCUAUUUUGGAUAACCCAAUUUGUAUUUAAGGAAAUCAACGUGUGGUCAUUUCUAGAACUGUGAAUAAGGCAAUUGCUGCAUGCUUAUAUAUUUGAUAAGUUUUAUUAUACUAUAUCCUUAUAUGAAUGCCUAUGCAGUGUAAAUGCUUUAAUAUGAGAUACUGAAUUUUUUUUACACGUUAUUUUCUAUGGACACUACAUUUUACCACGUUUAUCCAUUUUCUGUGUUGUUACAAAGCGCAAGCAGGAAGACACACGAUUUUAAUAACUCACACAGCAGCUCUUCAAAUCCAUUAUAAAAACAUGUUCUUAUAUAAAGACUUUUAACUUGGCAAGAAACGUGCUUCCUUUCUACAAUGGGCUUGGUUCAUAGCAAUACCUGCGUAACAGACAUUUACUUAGUAGAAAAAGUAAAAUCAGAGUCUGUAAACGGGAUUAUUAACUCUGAUGUAAACCAGUACGUUGGUAUGUUUUGAUACCUUUGGAAACAUAACUCAUCUGCAUUUAUUAGGUAAACAGCUGACCUGUCCUGAUUCAACCUGAAAGCAAACACUCUUGUUUAAAAACCACAAACUGAGCAGUUGCUGUGUUUCAUGCUGCAGGAUGACAGGCAAUGUAGCAAUUUUAUUUUAUUAUUGUUUUCUUCUUUUUAAACAACUUCCUUAUGAUCUUACCACAGUGAGUUCACCUUACCUGUCUGUGAACUGGGCCCACUGUUUACAGCAUUACUCUAUGUAACCAACAUUCAAUGUACUUAACUGAACGAGCAGAUUCAUUCUUUGGAACUAACAACAACUGACUUUGGUUUGGUCAGAGAGCGGGGAAGCUGUGGCCUGGUACAGGAUGGGUGCUGCUGUACUGGGCCAUGCCGCACAUAAGGACAUCACUGGCUGAAAGACUGAUGGCUAACAGAGCACUGUCAGCGUUUGGAAGUGGGUAAUACUGCACUGCUGCAAACUAAGCUACCAAUGAGAUAACACUACUUCAAGGAAAAAAAAAGCAUUAAAAAUAUGUAAAUAUUUAUUUUGAUGCUGCAGCACCAUAGCUAUCAUUUUUCACUGCUUUGAUAUCCAAGGAUUCCUAGUACUACAUGAAUGAAUUUCAUCUGCUUUGUUUUUUAGUUUCGGUAUUUUCAUUCAAAGCAAAGUAACUCCUAAGUAACUCCUAUUUCUUUGUACUGCACUGAAAUAAAAGAAAUCUUGUUUCAGUA